AUGCUUGCCAAUGGUGAAUAUGUAGAUGGUUCAUGGUUAUUAUCAAUCUAUAUAGAUGAUUUAAAUAUUCAACGUGAUAUACGUGUACAUGGUGAAUGGUCUAUUAAUGAAUUAAUUACACAAUUAAUUGAUGGUUUAAUAUGUCCUCAAAGAAAAUUAUUACAAUCCAAUGAAAUAAGUUUACAUUCUAAUCAUAUUAAAAUGAAUUGGGAAGAUUAUGGUUUAUGGUGGCCAAUAAAAUCCAAAUGGUUAUUAAAAACUAAAUUAAGUUUAAAUCAAUAUGGUUUACAAGCAGAUGCUAAAUUACAUUUUUUAUCCAUAUAUGGACAAUUAAAUAUACAAUUACCCGAUUUACAAAUACGUAAAUUUAUUGAUAUCAAUUUUUCUGAACCAGUUUAUCGUGUUACAUUAUCUAUAUGUCAUUAUUUAAAUAUAAGACAUUCAGAAGAAUUAUCAUUAGGUUAUCCUAUUCAACAGAAUGAUUUAAAACAUUCACGUUUUAUACGAAAUUCUAUAAAUAAACAUGAUCAAACAUUAUUGAAUACAAAGAAAUAUUCAACAUUUCAACGUAGUGCUACUAUAAAUACAACACAUUCACAAUAUAAAACAUUACAUAAAGAAUCAUUAUUUCAAAUGAAUAAUGAAAUGAAUAUAAAUCAAUCACAACAACAAGAUGAUGAAAGAUCUAUGAAAAGUUCUAUAUUAUCAAAACAUUCAAUUCAAUUAUAUGGUCCACCAAUAAUACGUGAUAAACGUUAUCAUUAUUAUUCUAUAAGACAUAAUUCAAGAAAUUCGAAUCAUCAAACAACCUUAUCAUCAAUUCCAUUUAAUUUACGUAUUCUAGAUGAUCCAUCAUUAAUUUAUAGUCCGAUUAUUCAUAUAGAUGAGCUAUACAAAAUCAUUUGA